CCAUCAUAUAAACUCUUUUCUCUCAUUUUCAUUUAGCAGCUACGCCCCCCUUUUUUUUCACUAAGGGAUAGAAUAGAAAGUCGGAAGAUGGCGUCAGCGUAUGAAGAUUUCAAGUUGCUCACCGCAGCUAUCGAUAACACACCCCUCAUUGACAACCACGCCCAUCCACUGCUCAAAGCUGAUAGUGUGAAUAAGCACCCACUACUCUCUAUCGCUACCGAAGCAAAUGGAGAUGCGCUAGAAACCUCAAAGAAUAGUCUUUCUCAUAUUCGAACUGUUAAGCAUCUAGCGGAGGUCCUAGGUUGCGAGCAAACAUGGGACGCUGUGGAGACAGGUGUCGAGCGAAAACGACUCGAAUCUCGCGAUGGUUGGAUUAAACGCUGUUUCGAUGGCAUUGAAACCAUUCUCAUUGACGAUGGACUUGAUAUACCGGGUCAAGCCGAAACUUGCUCAUGGCAUAGUCAAUUCACAAAAAGUGAAUGCAAGCGUAUUGUGCGACUUGAAACUGUGGCAUCGGAUAUUAUUGCCCGUCAUUUCGUUCCGGCUUCUGGUCCAGCGCAUAUUACUGAGAAAGAUUCAAGACAGUUUCUAGACCUAUUCUCAGCGGAAAUUGUGAAAGCCAUUUCCGACCCUGAGGUGGUUGGUUUCAAGUCGAUUAUCUGUUAUCGACGAGGAUUGGAUAUUCCACCUAUAGAAGAUCUAGACGCGCCGGGGGUGACGCUAACACUCAAAGAAAUUGCAAAUGCGGGUUUGAAAACCGAGGAACGAGUUGGAAGUUCUUUGAGAAGAAGAUUGGAAAACUCAGAUUUGAAUUGCCUCAUCGUUCACGUUGCGGCGCAAUAUGUCAACGAUGCUCCUGGACCCAAGAAACCUAUCCAAUUCCAUACUGGUCUUGGCGAUAACGACAUGACGCUUACUAAGUCAUCGCCGUCUCACUUGCAGACAUUCAUUCGGGGAUACCCCAAUGUCCCAAUCGUAUUGCUACACGCCGGAUAUCCUUGGACAAGAGAGACGGCUUAUCUAGCGGCGAUGUACCCUAAUGUUUAUGCUGACAUCGGGGAAGUAUUUCCUUGCAUCAGCCGUCAAGGACAGGAGGGUGUCGUGAAGGAGAUGCUAGAAGUAUGCCCAUGGUCUAAGAUCUUAUGCAGCACAGAUGGACAUGGCUUCCCAGAAAUGUUCUUGACGGCCACCACACAGAUUCGUUCUGUGUUAAAAACGGUACUAGGAGAACUCAUCCAAGUCCAACAACUAGACGAGAAGCAAGCCGUGAGGCUGGCCCAGGAUAUUCUUUUUUUCAACUCGAAGAAGCUUUACAACCUCGAGACCAAGUCUAUGCCACCAAGCAUUACACAGCUACCGCUACUUCCGAAAACCACUUGGAGCAACCAGACAAUCAUCCAAAAACUCCAAAGCCUAAACGCUAAAUACCUGCGCGUCUACUGGCACGACUACACAUCCAGCUCGAAAUGUCGCCUCAUCCCUAUUAAGCAAGUUUACAGGACCUUAUCGAGCGGUAAACCUGUCACCCUCAACAUCACCCAAUGCGUCUUCGGGCUUCUGCAGACGGACGCUAUGAUCCCGCAAGUCAAUGCAAGCGGCAUGUACGUAGUCCAGACGGACUGGUCAACUCUGAAGCCCGGCCCCGCCGACGGCCACGUAAGUUGCUUCGGAUACUUCACGCAACAAGACGGUUCUGAAGUCCCUACAUGCCCACGCUCGCUGUUACGCAGGAUAAUCAAUAACGCCGCAGCGCAAGGUCUAACCUUCCUAUUCGGCUUCGAAAUCGAAUUCGUCGUCAUGGAGCGCAAUCCCGACCGGAACAGUCCUGAUAAAUUCCAAACCCUACGCACAGACGGGCAUUCCUGGUCAAUGUCAAGAAUCUUAGCAGAUUGGGGCCGCGAAGGUAGUUUCUCUACCGCCGUCGAUGAGAUCCUCGACGCGCUAGAAGAAGCCGAUAUCGCAGUCGAUCAAUUCCACCCAGAAAACGCACCUGGCCAAUUCGAACUCGUCCUCGGCGCUUUACCUCCGCUCGAAGCGUGCGAUAGCGUAUUACACGCGCGUCAAAUCCUAGAAUCCGUGUCUGCGCGUCACGGAUUCCGAGUAACAUUGCACCCUAAACCAUUCGCGACGGCCUGUGGCUCGGCCUCGCAUACACAUCUCUCUAUCUCCUCCCCAGGUGGUGAUAAGCCCGAACUAUACGAGUCGUUCUACGCUGGCAUCUUGACACACCUCCGCGCCAUCCUAGCGUUUACAUAUAGUAACCCGACGAGCUACGAGCGCAUGCUUGAUAGUUUCUGGGCCGGCGGUCGGUGGAUUACGUGGGGUACGCAGAAUAAGGAGGCCCCUUUGCGUAAAGUCGAGGGGAGUCACUGGGAGAUUAAGACCGUAGACGGGCUCGCAAAUCCGUAUUUUGCUGUCGCGGCAUUUAUAGUUGCGGGCGUUGACGGUAUCAACAAGAAGAUAUCCUUGACUUGGGGUGAUUGUCUAGGAGACCCGGCGAGGUUUAGUGCGCAGGAGAGGAAGGAGUUGGGGAUCGAGGUUAUGUUUCCGGCGGAUUUAAGGGAGGCGCUUGGUGCGUUGAAGGAAGACGAGGUUUUAGGAGAGUUGUUGCAUCGGGAUGUUGUGCAGAGAUAUGUGGAUGUUAAAGAGGCAGAGUUGAAGAUGUUGGAACCGAUGACGUCGGAGGAUCGGAGACGGUGGGUUAUGGAGAGGUAUUAGAUGGGUAUCAAAUAUGGAGACCUCGUUAAGAUUCGAUUGAACCUGGAAUAGGAAUAAUUCGGAGUUUCAUCUA